AGAUGAAGUCUCAAAAAGGCAGCCUGAACGUGCGUGCGUGUUUACGUGUCUGUGUGUGUCUGUGAAAAGUAGAAACCCCGAGAAGCGAAAUUCCUGAAUGCUAUCAUCAUCUUCUGAAUCUUGAUCAUUGCUUCCAAUAUCAUCAUCGAAUCACCUUGCUUCAUCGCAUCGCGUUAGAUCCCAAGCGAAACAAGAAUACAAGGAAAUAAAAAGGGAUGGCUGAUGAUAAAGCAGUUGGGGAAGAUGAAAAGAAAGAGCCAAGUACUACUGCCACCAAAAAUGUGAGACAGAAGCGCAGAGGGUUCCUUUCCGGAAUUUGGAAUGGACUAUUUAGGUUACAUGGGGAUGAUUUUGAGAAGAGGCUCCAAUACAUAUCUAAAGAAGAGGCUGCAGUUCUUUCUAGAAUGAAAAGGAGGUCACGAUCCUGGAGGCAGAUAUCUUGGAAUGUAAUUGUAUUUUCUGUUAUAUUAGAGGUCAUUGCUGUAGUUUAUGCUAUCAUGACAACAAGAUCUGUGGAUAUGAAUUGGAAGAUGAGGGCAGUCCGGGUUUCGCCAAUGUUUCUUUUGCCUGUAUUAGCAUCUGCAGCAUAUUCAACCUUUGUUAGCUUUGUGAGGAUUUGUGAUCGCAGGGACGAGAAAAUUCUUGUAAGGCUUAGAGAAGAAAGGCAAGCAAAAAUUGAUGAGCUGAAGGAAAAGACAAAUUAUUACACUACACAACAGCUCAUUCAGAGAUAUGACCCAGAUCCAGCCGCAAAAGCAGCUGCGGCAACUGUUUUGGCAUCUAAGUUGGGUGCAGAAUCAGGUUUGAGGGUGUAUAUGGGAGAUGAAUUAAAUCCCACUGCUACAAUGGGGAGGAGCAAUGAUGUUGAACUUGUACAGUCAAAUGGACUUCGAAAUCGAAAACAACCUCACGCUAGAUCCUCUAGUUCAGGGGCAACUACUCCAUUUAAUCCUGAUCAACAACAUUUAGUUGGAGGAUCCGGGGGACUUGAUCAAACUCAGACUUCUGAGUAUAAUCAGCUUGUUGUUGAGCAUCACCAACCACAAAGUUCAACCUCACAAGAUGGAGGAUGGCUUGCUAAAAUUGCAGCGUUGCUUGUGGGCGAGGAUCCUACCCAGUCUUAUGCUCUCAUAUGUGGCAACUGCCAUAUGCAUAAUGCUCGGAAGGAGGAUUUCCCAUAUGUAACAUACUAUUGCCCCCACUGUCAUGCCCUCAAUCAACCAAAGCAAUUAGAUGGCAAUAUCUCCCGGGCAUCCCCAAGAAUGGGGUCUCCGAAAGCUUAUGAAAGUGAGGCAGUAAAAUAUGCUAGCGGUUCUGCAGCUGAGAGCAUGCUAUUCACAAGCAAUAACCCCGUAGAUGUUAGUGCUUCUGCAACUGAGAGCACAAUCACAAGCAAUAGCCCCGUUAAUGCUAGCCCUGAGAUUGAGGAAGUAUCAGAAAGGACGAGUUCGGAAGAUAAAGCUGAUUAAAAGGGCAUUGUUGUGGUGUUGUUUUUGCGGUUUGGAUGAUAUAUCUUGCUACUUGUUCAGGGUAGGGGUUGAUGCAUAUACAGAGAGCAUGGUUGCAAAUGGUUUCUUUGGUUGGUGCUUGUAACAGGAGAAGUGCUGAUAUACUUUGAUACAUCUUGUGAUUAUGAUACAUACACGUAUUGCUUGUGAAUUACGGCAGUUUUGGCAUUUCGGUGAUUCUUUUUCUUUUUCCUUUUGUAAUAUUAUAUUCUGACAGUGCUCCAGUUUAAAGCUUGGAUUGGAUUGUACCUGAAAGAAAUUAUGAAAGCAAAAUCUUAUUUCUGAAUGUGCAUUAGGCAUUCCCUCAGGUUUUGUUUAACAUUGAUGAGGUUGUUGUCUGAAGUACUUGACUA